CGUCCAGCUUCCACAAUAUCAUGCUCUCCAUACCCGCCCAUCGAUGCCAGAUCGCUGCAGUUCCUAGUCACAUCGGGAGUACAUUAGACUCCAAAUUGAGCCAAGCGCUCGGGCGACCUGGUCCGUCAGCGCUGGCACCACUGAUUCUUGACCGGCAACGUCAGCUGGCACUUGUUUUGCGCAGCUCAUGACAGCUAAGCGCAAGAAAUUGGACCGCCGAAAGCUUCCUCGUCGCCUUGGUCUGCAGCAGCGAUGGAUCGGCCUCGACAAGGCCAGAAGCCUCGUGCGCCAUACCAAGGCGCUAUGAGGGAGACGGCCCUGAAUCGAGCAGGCCCAAGUCGAUUGCCCGCAGAGGACAGGGCCAGCAGCAACUUGCAAGUACCUCGGACACCCGCUCGAUCCAGAUCUAGGGAUAGCAUGGCUUCUGCCGCGACUUCGGACAGCUUUCUCUCCACUCCUGCCAGCUUCUCUCGCACUCGUCCCGCGGAAUCGGACUUGUACUCCGAGUACGAGGAAGGCGAGGAAGCAGAAGAGCUGACGGCUGCCUUUGAAGGACUGGACCUGCAAUCGCAGGCCAGCUUUUCGCCCAGCCCGCGAGCUCCUCGCCUUGUCCGACCAAACAGACCAUCGACACUUCAGCGCGACGCCUUCGACUCGCAAAGUGAAGACGAGCUUUCGUGGGGCGAGCACUCUUCAUCAAGCUCUUCGCCAGGCGAGACAGAGAAGUCCACAUACGUCUUACGCACACCUCGCCCCCCCACAUCUUCCCACUUCAUUCCAGCAGCAGACCAUGACAGCCCUCAAAAAGCGCAUGCGGACAUGUCAAACAGGCUCAGCAGCUGGGCAUCACCUUCGGCCAAUCAAGCCGGUCCAUCUCGCCAGCCCGCGAGCUCGCCUUCUUCCAGCAGAUUGGCAACACCGGGUCCGGUCUCGUCGCAAAGCUCCACCGAACAAGACCGGAAGGCGGCACAAAAUUAUGAAGCCUUCUCGACCGAACACGCAAAUGUGAGCGAGAGCUGGGAUGAGGACUUUCUCUUUGGUGACGAAGCUGCCGCCAGAAGUCAGGCCGCGCGGGAAGGAAGGAAGAAGAAGUCUGCCAGGGCCUCAAAAACUCGCGGACGCGACUCCCACUCGUACUUGGCAUCAAAUGACGCAAAGCUCGAGUCGAGGGAUGGUUUCGGCGACUUGCGAGAGCGCGAUGCACAAACUUACGCUGAUAAAUUUGACGACGAUGAUGCCGAGCCUACAUGGGACUCUGAUUACCUGGCAAGGUGUCGGCCGGGCCUGAGCGUCAGCGCAUCGAACGCAACCAUUCAACCCAGGCAUACAUCAGCAUCCUCGCCAAGCGAAAGUCACGCACCAGAGUGUACGCAGCGCACGCCUUCUCGGGCUUCAGGGCGCAGUACCGAGACGGACUUCUCAGCUCGACUGGCUCAUCAGUCAGAAGUGUCGUCUUGGCGGUCCAGACUCUCCACGGGCUCCUCCAUCGCAUCUCAAAAUCGCUUGAAUCGUGACCGGACGCCAAGCUUGUCCGGCUCUCAAGUCGAUGUCUCCCGCGAUACGCGCAGGGAGAUGCGUCUCGGAGAUGAGAUCAGCGAUGAAGAAGGAGCAGAAGUCUACACGAGCGACGCUGCGACGGAGCAGGGCAGCACGUGCGGAGACGUGCCGAGUGGGGAAGAAACGGAAACCGAGGUUGCGAUGACAUCCCACCCUUCAGCGGACUUCAGGCGGAGAAAUCCGGGCAGAUUCAUCUCGGCCUCGAGUGCGGCUGCAGCUGGUCCGAUCCCGAUCUAUACGAGCACUAGACAGCGGGUAAAGCGGCCCACCUCGGCCAACGAUGCUGCUGCCAAAGAGCUGAGAAGUCGGAGAUUUGAUCCGAAGCGCAACUCGCUCUCCACCUUCGGCUCAGCAGAGCACUACGCGUCCAGUGCGUCCACCCAGCAGUCCGCCCACUUCGCUGAACAGCACGCGGUCUCAAGUCCGUCGGAGCUUCAGACUGGCAUCUUCACAGACAGGUUGGCCGAAGCCAAUAGGUCCACGUCUUCUUUCAGUCGCAUGCCAGGCCGCGAUGCUCUGCGACUCACCUUCCGAGACUUUUUCGAGCGAAGCUCCAGUCCGCGCCACUCGAAGCAAGGCAAGGCGGAUCCAGCGGUCGCCUACAGCUCCAGCCCAUCUCGAACGGGACGCUGGUUGGAAAAGUUGCAUUUUGCACGCAUGCACGGAGGUUCAGACUCACCUCGAAGAGCGGAACGAGAGUCGCCUUCUGGAGAAUCUCCUGAAAGCGCGUACCUAGACCACGCAUCGCAUAGCCCGCAUGCGAAAACGAAUGGUGCGGCCUCGAUGCAGCGAUCGGGUCCGUCAGCUGUCGCUCGGAUACAGGUCAGAGCUGGCUCGCCGAUCACGCCAGCUAGGAAGGACAGCUUGCACGCUGACGGAGCUCAUCGGUAUGCGGCCCCGAUCGAUAGGUUGGGGGAUACCGCACCUUCACCUGUGCGGACACUGAGCGCCAGCUACCACGUAGAUUCCCCAACACAAUUCGACGCUGUGCAGCCUCGCAGUGCCACGAGUUCCGCACACAAGCAAGCUGUUCGUAGAGCUACGCACUACGCCGAUGCGGCUGCGAGAUUAGAAGGCACUCGCAAGGUGCCUUCGCACCGAGAAGCUCAGACCCAUGCUGGACGUUCUCUCUCUGCCUCGACGUCCGAGACUCAGACCAGCGACAGCACCCGAUCGAUCAGCGAUCGCUGGACUGGCACAAGCGGCGCAGGUACCGAGACGUCAGCUACCUCCGACUUUGGCUCGAGCUAUGAUGACAAAUCCCCUUCGUCCAUCACUUGGUCAACGCGUCAUCGGCGCCUGUCGAGUGACGGCGCCUCUACAGAAGGCUCAGCUGCAUCUCGAUCUUCGUCUGCACUGCUGCGAGCUAGAAAAGACCCACGAACGUCACUGCAACAGCUUCCGGAGGGACGAACAGCUGACGUGAUGCCAACGCUCGAGGACACGCGUGCCAUGGAUCGAGCACAAGGUCUGUCAAAAGCAUCGAUGUCUUCUUCAACAUCCUCUUCCGAUCCGGACGGUCCACCGUCCAGGGCCGGGGCGUACAGCGUGGACAGACAACGAGUGUAUUUGAGCAGGCCUAGCGCUACCGAACAUGCCAGUAACGAAUCGGACGACAGGACGUUGACUCAGCAAGACUAUCACUUGGAGGAGGCGCGCCCAAGCAUGACGCGUAAUGCGACUGUAGGAGCGCUGGGGCAGGGAUCGAUCGCCGAACUGAGCAAGCGCGAGGGUACGGAUUCCAAAGUGAUGCCUAAGGCCGGAUCGAGGAGGAAGAAAGCGAAGCAAAUAUCGCGCCGAAACAGCUUGGGCGAUCUGCGUAUCCCUGCUCGCAUCAGCCAAGCGCAGAAAGGCAUCAAGGCCAACAUGACUCACGUGCGCGAAUUUGCGAAGGGCAUCGAGGACAUCAAGGAGCUGCGAGCCAAAUAUCUUGCGAUCUUAGGUGCCUUGCAAGAUUCUCCUGAUCUCGAGAAAUACCCUAACGCUAGCCCUACAGAAGCAAAAGAGAUGAUGAUGACCGAUCCUGAAGUGUCUGUGCAAGUUCACAGUAUCGACGAGUCGAUGAGACACUGGUGGGAGAUGGCUGAGGUCCUCGUAGGUCUAGCAGAUGGAACCAGCGAGGCGGACGAGAACGCGGACUUGGCUACGCUCGAUCUCUCCCCACGGGGCUCCAUGCACCGCAGCCGCACGACGACGCUGGAAAGUCCAGCAUGCCUUCAUCGCAAGGCUGUCACGCGUAACGACCAGCUCUCCCUGCCGCUUGUCUUAGCUAGCGACCAAGCGUCCACUAUUAGGCCUCGGUCGGAUGCGCACGGCUCGAGUGGUGCCCGCACGUCGAGUGGCUCUAGGUUCGUCGAUCCUCAACGCGAAUUGGACAUCAUUGCGGCUAUGCUAGCGGGUACUGCCCCCGAACACGCUUCCGCAGCAGCCGCGGUGAGAGCGUCGCUCAUGGUGGACCGACAGCAAGAUACAGCGUAUGCGUUGGGGUCGAGCGGCUCGGAUCAGACACAAGGCUUGCCAGCGCCGCCUUCAGCCAGACUCAGCUUUGCCGAGACUUCAGCAGCGGAGCGUCCAGAGGAGUACUCUCGCCGAGCUCAGGGCCGCUCUGAAGCGUACAGCACCGCGCCAGCUGGAAUCAGUCCGUUCGCGGCCAUGUCGACAGAUACACUGGACGAUAAUCCCAUGAGCGAAAGGUCUCGUCACAAGAGCGCCAACAAAGCUGCGCGCGGCCUACAAAGUCUGCUAGAGCUUGUGCGUAGCCUCAAGACGGCUCCAGACAUGCAAGGGCGAAAUUUCGGCUCUGUCGCAGGCGGAUCAGAGGAAGCUUCUGCAUCUCAGCUUUCCCUUAAUCGCCGUGCAGGCCGGGGUCUGAGUCUCUUCCUGAGUAGCACCGACUCGCCCAGAGCUCGUCCGUCGACAGACCACACCUCACCAUCCCAUCGCCUCACGGAGCAAGGACUGGAACGCGAUGCGUCGCUGCCUUCUUUGCCACCAACGCCGGUCACUGCCAAGCGGCGGUCACUCAUCAGUCGGGUCCGACCGGAUCCUGCCCGUCCAGAGCAAGAAGACAGCCCUCGUCGGAAGCGCUCGGCCUCCCGUCUAUUCAGCCGGGGUGGAGACUCAACGCCGUCUCUGCCUUCAACACUGCUUGCCUUUGGCGCUCAGGCUCGCCCACGUGUGGUCAGUGCUGCUUCCGCUCAAAGCGCUGGCAGUAGUAGUGGAAAUGGCAGCUUUGACAGCAGCUGGAUGCACGUGAUGCCAAGCACGAAGCCGUCUCACCAGCGACGAAGCUCAGUAAAGGCCAAUUCCUCUGCAGGCGCUUCUUUUCAGCUCCAACAGCCACCUCAACGUCGCCAUCGAGUACUAUCCCUCUUCGGAAAUCGCUCUCGUGGCGCGUCCAUCUCUGCUGAACCCAAAACAGAUGGCGCUAGGCACUUUGGUGUUUCGAAAGGGAGCGCGGAAGCGGAGUCGCUCGGAAGUGAUUCGAUCCCUCUACCAACGUCCGCCAUUUACGCGCAGAAUACUGCAAUAGGCUCUCGUGCCGAUGGCCCAAGUCCCCCUUCGAGUGGGAGUCACAAUGUAUCGCAGCUUGCGACAACUACGCGCUCUGCUCCAGCAUCGAGCAGACUGUCAAUGGCACGAUCGCAAGGACUAGAGGGGUCCGUGGGGCCUCAGGAAGCCGCCAAUCGGCCAAGCGCCGCAACAGAGGCCACACAGGCCACCGAGAGCAGCAGCGGACACAGCUGGUCACAGUCGCCCGAGAGUGCCGCAAGCUCUUACCUCCCAUCAUCUACAAUUGCUUUAGCCCCGACCGAUUCGACGCGAUCAACGUCUAUCAGCGCAGGCGAUUCGACCGUGUUCCGCAAGAUGGCCCUCAGCCCAGAAGCUAUCCCGAGCCUGCUGGUGUAUGUUCACGCAACUCGACAACACUGCGCCAGCGCUCUUUCCGCUCUGUCUGCGUUGCAGAGUGGUGCGAACGUAUCGGACUUCUCGCACAUGGCUCCACGAUCACCCCCAUCGACGAUAAAUGCUUUCUGCGGCUCGACUCCGAAAGACAAAGGCAGGAGGGGCAGUGUUGCAGCUUAGUAAUGUAUAUCAGAACCUCGCGUGUAGUGCAUGGGGACCAAUGUGUGAAGC